CUAAUACUUAAAAUUACUUGGGUAUAUAACAUCCAAAACGCCUUCUUCUGGAAUUCGUAUCUACAAAGAUUUAUUUUACUGUUUUGGAGUUACAAAAAUUUUGGAAAAUAUAAUUUCAUCUCAGACUAAGUAUGCCGAUAUCUGCUAUACUUCGUUGUCGGUAACAGGUCAAAAUUCCGAAGCAAGCCUUCGACAUGGUUGUAGCAUAUAUUAUUACUGAGUAAUAACAUUGUGCCAUACCCGGAAAUUCAUCAUCAAAAAUGGAGAAUGAACUAGAAAGCGAAUACAAGUUAUUUACGAUCGACACAUUUGAUGAGUUAAGACGAAAUGCUGAAAGAAAGAAACAACAAAAGCUCAAAGCUGCUGAACUGAAUAAAAAGAAUCAGAGCGACGCUGCAACAGACACACAGGGCGAUGAAACCGGACCGGAUCCAACGCUUUGUGACGGCGAAGUAUUACCGCAGUAUUAUGGAAAGUGUCCUGAUCGACUUCUUGGUCGACCAAUCGAAGAUCUCGAUCCAUACUAUAAAGAGCGGGGUGAAGAGACUUUCUGUGUCGCAACUGAAAGAUUCUCCAGCAUGUAUAUAUAUCGAUUCUCAGCAUCGGGAUCAUGUUUCAUCUUUUCACCUUUCAACCCGAUUAGAAGAUUAGCAAUUCGCAUUGCCGUCAACCAAUUUUUUGACUAUUUUGUCAUGUUAACAAUUGUUGUCAACUGCGUAUUCUUAGCGUUGGAUAACGAAAUUGUCGAAUCAGAAUACGUUUUCACUGCAAUUUACACCUGUGAAAUGCUCAUAAAAAUGUUGGCAAGAGGAGUUUUUUUGAGUAAAUUUACAUAUCUACGUGAUGGUUGGAAUUGGCUGGAUUUCAUCGUUGUCAUGCUUGCAUGGGUGACAAUACUCCUCACUAUUAUAUCGGCAAAUAUCGGCUUAUCAGGGUUGUCGGGAUUGCGAACUUUUCGUGUUAUUAGAGCCUUCAAAUCAUUCACUAUUGUUCCAGGUCUCAAAACGAUUGUAAACGCGCUUUUGCAAUCUUUAAAGCCGUUAGCUGAAGUGAUGGUAAUCAUGUUAUUUCUCGUCGUUGUCAUAUCACUCAUCGCACUGCAGGCAUAUCAAGGUGUUUUAAGAAGAAAAUGCGUCAAAUUUUUGCCUUCGGCUGAUAAUUUAACUGCAGAAGAAUUCAAUAAUUAUGUACAAGAUAGCAAUAAUUGGAAUCCUGUGUCUGGAGAGAAAGAAGUUUGCGGCAACGCUUCUUCGAGUGGACUAUGUCCUGAUGGAUAUGUGUGUAUGCAGGACGUUGGUGAAAAUCCAAAUCACGGACUUACUAAUUUCGAUCACUUUGGAUGGGCAAUGCUGACGUCAUUUCAGCUUUUGACGUUAGACUUUUGGGAGAAUGUUUAUAACAUGAUUAUUCGUGCGGAAGGUGCGUGGAACGUUUUGUUCUUUUUUAUGUCAGUCAUAUUGGGGCCUUUCUAUCUACUCAACUUGUUAUUGGCGGUCGUUACUCUUGCUUACAGUAAAGAACACGAAAAACAGACAAAACUGCGCGAAAUGCGCGAAAGAGCUAAAGAAAACGCACGUCGCAGAAACAAAAGACGUCGAUUGCUUAUGGAAAGGGCGAAACAGAAAUUACAAUCACCUGCUUCGUUCGGGGACGUCGUAGAACAUCAAAUAGGGUCAUCUUUGCGAGAGCGUGCUGAAAAUGGUGGCCUACACGUCAAUACCGGAAAUGGCGACUCAGGUUCAGAAAAAAAGAGGAAUUUUGUUUCUGGUGCAAUCAAGAAGGAUAAUACAGAAGAGCAGGACUCUCGUUCUCAAAUUCCGAUAGUUAUAAAAGGAAACUCGGAAAGGGAUUUAUCACAAAACGACAAUCAACUGACGAGAGAGCCAAGUUAUUCAAAACUUUCUGAUUCAAAAGAUACUAAAAGAGCGACAUUUCGAAAUAGUAGCAGAAAAAAUAUAUCGCUUGAAAGCUCUGAAUCAGCCUCAAGCACUGUACCAGAAUGGAAGAAAUGGAUUUGUAAGAGAUAUAAUUCAUUCCAUGGAGCAUGUUGUUCAUGGUCGUGUCACCCAAGAUUUGUUGAAUUCCAGAACUUUCUUCUGAAGAUUGUUGAACAUAAACUAUUCGAGGGUAUUGUCGUCCUCAGUAUUUUAACAAACACAGCAUUUCUUGCUAUGGAUCAUCAUGAAAUACAUCCUACUUUCGAAAGCGUUCUCAUUCAUGGAAACUAUGUUUUUACUGGAAUAUUUGCAAUCGAAGCUGUUUUAAAGAUUUUUGCCAUGUCGCCUCUUGAGUAUCUCAGAAAUCCUUGGAAUGUGUUUGAUUUUACAAUUGUUUUAAUAAGUCUUAUUGAAUUUAUGAUUCCAUCCAGUACCGGUGCUUUGUCAGUUCUGAGAAGCUUGAGACUGAUGAGAGUAUUUCGUCUUGCACGCAUCUGGACAACUAUGCGAAAACUGAUGUCUAUUAUUUUAAAAAGUUUGAGUGCCGUUGUAUAUCUAACAAUUGUACUAUUUAUGGUGCUUUUCAUAUUUGCUGUUGUAGGAAAACAACUCUUUGGUCAUGCUUACAUUAACUCAGGCGAUAAAUUCGACGACGGUCAGGUUCCUCGUUGGAAUUUCGUCGAUUUUUAUCAUUCGUUUCUAUUAGUUUGGAGAGUUAUGUGUGGUGAAUGGAUAGAACCUUUACACGAUUGUAUGAUGUUGGUUGAUGCUUCAUGCAUUCCCGUAUUUUUGUUGAUGACAUUCAUAGGGAAUUUUCUUGUGUUAAACCUUUUCACCGCUAUAUUAUUGGAAGCUUUCAACGUUGAUAAUCUCAAGUCAAAACAAGUAGAUCAAAAAACAGCUAAACUGAAGUUGGGGGUCGAGAGAUUUCGAAAAUUACUGAAAAAAUCACAAAGUAGAAAGUCAGUGGAUGUUACUGCUGCGAAUGAUUGCAAGGAAAAUGAAAAUAAUCAAAACAAAGAAAAUGGAACGCAUAAUCCGAACGAGCCUAAAAACAACGAUGAAACUACAGGCAGCACAAAUACUUUGAAUUCUGGGAUUUCUUCACCUAAACGAUCGAUGUCUGCAACUGACAUAUUUGCUCUGCAUCGAGCAACUCAAAAAGAAAGAGCACUCUCGCUCGACGAGAGUUCCGAAGAAGACUCUGAAAGUAUCACAAUAAAGAAAAAUCCUCCUCCACUAAAAAGAUCGUUUUCUCAAGACAGCCCAAGCCCACCAAAUGACCAUCCGUUCAGACCAAGACCACGUAGGCAAGGGACAUUGACAAAGCAGUCAAGAAUUAGCGAGGAUUCUCCUGUCACAAUAAAGAAAUCAAAUUUUGUACCAAUGACAAUCCAAGAAGUUGACGAGAACGAACCCAACAGUACCGAAGACAACGAUGCAGCUAAUAAUUCAGUCUCGAAGAAAGUCACUUUUGCUGUAUCAGGAAAUAGCAAGGUAUAUCCUAAAAGACAAGGCGAUGCAGAAAAUGGCAUUGAAGAAUCAGAUUUAGCUGUUCAAAUAAAGCUACCUUGGUACAAAAAGUGUUGUGCCUCCUUGUGUGGAGAAAAUGAGAAGGAAAACGUAAAAUCGGUAGUGGCCAUUGAAAAAACUGAAGACACGCCAUAUGAAAAUCACAUGGAACAUGAACAGAAGAAAAAAACAAAACCGAAGAAUGCCCCAUCUUGUUUUCCUCAAUGGUGCAACUGCUGCGACAGAUAUGGCGAAAAUUGUCUGUUUCGAAAAUGGAAAAUAUUCCGAAACUUCAUAUUUCGAGUUGUUAGUCAUCAAAUAUUUGAGUGGUUCAUUCUAUUCAUCAUUCUGGCAAGCACUGUUUGCUUGGCGAUGGAAGACGUGUAUCUUAAAGAAGAUAAAGUAAAAGUGCAAGUUCUAAAUAUUUUGGAAUAUGUUUUCACAACUAUUUUUACAAUAGAGAUGAUUUUAAAAUGGAUCGGAAUUGGAUGGUCCAAAUAUUUUACCAAUUGGUGGUGCAUCAUCGAUUUCGUCAUCGUCGUGAUUUCCUGGAUUGGUAUUGGAGCAUCUGCAGUUGGGGAAGUCGAAUCUUUAAAAGCUUUGAGAACAUUGAGAGCACUACGUCCCUUACGUGCAAUAUCUAGGUGGCAAGGAAUGAGGGUCGUCGUUAACGCAUUGGUGUAUUGCAUCCCGUCAAUUGCUAACGUAUUGUGCGUCUGUAUGCUGUUAUGGCUUGUUUUCAGCAUUAUCGGAGUUCAGCAAUUCAAAGGAAGAUUCUACAGGUGUGAAGAUUUAGAAGGCAAUGUACUGAACCACACUAUUGUACCGAAUCGAACGAUUUGCGAACAACAUACCGAUUAUAGAUGGAUCACCCCGAGAAUCAAUUUCGAUAAUGUACUCAAUGGCAUGAUAGCGCUUUUUCAAGUGGCUACUUUUGAAGGCUGGAUUGAGAUAAUGGCAGAUGCUAGCGAUACUGUAAAUGUUGAUGAACAGCCGUACAGAGAAGCAAACAAAUAUUCAUAUGUUUUCUUCUUCUGUUUUGUACUGAUCGGAUCAUUUUUCAUAUUGAAUCUUAUUGUUGGUGUCAUCAUCGAAAGUUUUCAGAAGCUAAGAAAACAGACUGAAUCAUCAUCAGCUGUUGAAGCAUUUCUAACAGAAAGUCAGAAAAACUUUUAUAAAACGAUGAGAACAAUGUUGAACAGAAAACCCAAGAAAACAAUUCCACCACCAGAGAACCCUACUCAACAAAAAAUCUUCAAAUUGGUGACGCACAGCAAGUUUGAGGUGGCCGUAUUCUCCGUAAUUGUGUUGAACAUGAUCACUUUAGCAAUGGAACAUUACCAGAUGUCAAAAACAUGGACAACAGUGCUUAGAUACGUAGACAUUACCUUCACUGCGGUAUUUUCAAUUGAAGCGACGUUGAAAAUUAUUGGAACAAGAUUCUACUAUUUUCGAGAUCCUUUUAAUGUCUUUGACUUCGUUGUUGUUAUACUCUCUAUAACAGGUUUCAUUCUUGAAGAAUUAUUGACAUUUUUGGUAUCUCCAACAUUGUUGAGAGUGGUGCGAGUAUUCCGUGUGUUUCGUGUAUUGCGUGUGAUUCGUGCAGCUCGAGGAAUCAGAAGAUUGAUUCUUACUUUGAUGAUUUCACUUCCAGCUCUUUUCAACAUUGCAGUAUUGUUAGGAGUAUUCAUGAUCAUCUUCGCUAUUCUAGGUAUGUCAUUCUUUAUGGACGUGAAAUUACGAGGAGCUCUUAACGAUAUCGUUAACUUCCGCACUUUCGGGAAUUCUAUGAUGCUUCUAUUUCGUUUGAUGACGUCAGCAGGAUGGAAUGACGUAUUGGAUCCACUCAUGAACGACACUGAUUGCGAUGGAGCGGAUUGCGGAAAAUAUCAUUUUGCUAUCAUAUAUUUUGUAGCUUACAUCUUUUUAGUAUUUUUGGUUGUUGUCAACAUGUACAUUGCCAUCAUCCUCGAAAAUUUCGACGAAAUAUUUCAGCAGGAAGAAUCUGGCGUUGGUCAGGAUGAUUUCGAGUAUUUCUAUGUGGUGUGGGGAAGAUACGAUCCUAAAGCUUCUCAGUUCGUUUCAAUUGCAGAGCUAUCCAAUCUCUUACACAGUUUACAUCCACCGUUUCAACUCGCAAAACCGAAUGAGAUUAAAAUUGCAGCGCUCAAUCUGCCCAUAGUCAAUGGAGAUAAAGUUCAUUGUCUGGACGUUUUAUUUGCUCUUGUAAAACGCAUUAUGGGUGAAGUUGAAAUAUCUGAUCAAAUGCGAGAGGAAGCCGAAGCCAGGUUAUUGAAGUCUUUCCCAAAUAGAAAAACGUUGAAAGCAGAGACAACAACUCUUGUUUUACGCAGAAGAGUAAAAGCAGCAAAAGUCAUACAGGAGGCGUGGAGAGGUUUCCACGGAAGGAGACGGCGAGGAGCAAUCGACGUGAGCUCCGAUAUAUUCAGCCAUGUUUCGUCAUCGGAUUUUACUCGAUCCAAUUCAUUUUCACUAUCUAGUGACAUAUCAGCUUCAUCUCAGAAACAAACUCUGAAAACUGAAAUAAGUGGAAUAAGCAAAUUGCCUAGUGUCGAUGAAAUACAACAAUUACAUACUGAAAACAAUAAUAUUAAACCAAACGAAGCCUUAGUUGAACACCAUAUAUAUCCUACAAAAGAUGGAGAUGUAGCCGAAAUCGAAAUACCCCAAAUUCCAGAAAAUGAGAAUAUUUUGAACGCCCCUCCUGACGUGGAAGAUGCAAGUCAAACUGACAUCAAAAAACAAUUAGCAUCAUCACCUAUUCGAAUGAUUAAAGAAAGCGAAUCCGAUUCAAAAUUGAAUGAAGUAAACACAUCGUCAACAAACGGUGAAGUAAGAAGUGACCAAGAUGCUGACUCAACCUGUCACGACAAUGUUGUCAUGAAUAAUGGAACGAUUAAAAUGAAUGAAGCUUCAGGAAAGGUGGACGAUAUAUUAAAUUCACCGCAGCCAAGAAAAACCUCAUUAGAAAGGCGAGCUAAAUCAGCCCAAAUGGAUGUACGAACUAAUAAAACCAAACUCGAUCAACUGCGACCAUCAACUUCUCUACAAGUCAUACGUAACGAUCAUGCGCUUGAAGAAAAGGCAUCAACUGAUGAUCAAGAUUUUUCCCUGGAUAUUCAAGAGUCAGAUCAUAUACUUCAGACACCACUCAAAAAGCAAACGAAUAUGGAAAAACACGAAAACACACAGAAUUCUUCUGUGUCUCUUCCUAAACCGGAUAGUUUAGACUCCGGAAGCGAAAAACAUUUCCAUUCUUCAGAGACAAACGCUUGGCAUCAGACUUUACAAAAAUCUAAAUCUGAUGUUGCUCGUUUAUCUGAGGAUUCUAUAAACAUAAAAGAUUCUUCACAAGAAUCCAGACCCGUUGUAGGGAAAAACUUAAAAUUCAAUCCACAAACAGGGAAAUUUAAAGUUAAAACGAAAAAGGACGAAGUUGAAUUGGUGGAAAUGUCGCGAUCCCCUUCUACUAAAAUUAAUAAUAACACAAACUCUAUUACUCCAGGUAAAACUGAAGUUGAUCAGUCUUUAGUAAUAACAAAUAACAAUGUAUCCGAAAGCAAAUUCACAAACGUAACGGAAGAGAAUUCUAGCCAGGCUUAGCUUAUGCGACAAUGGUUCAUGUCUUGGUGCAUUUUUCUUACCUGUACAUCUUUAUUCACGGUGAUCCCAUAACUUUCUUGUUUAAAAUGGCUGCGAAAUCGAAUGAACCUAAUGGAGAGUUAGAACUGAAACAUUUAGUCGUUGAUUGUGGCUUUCGAUGCCCGGUGACUAUCGAAGGUGGUUUAAUUUGAAAACAAUACUUGAAUAAUUUAUUUAUAUCUUGUCUAUUUACUUUUGCAAUUAUCUUCUUUCUUUGAUCUAUUUAUUUCCUUAAAAUAUAUAUAUAAAUAAACCUGCAAAAUUUACUUUACUCUAGGAGUUUACAAUGAAAUUUAACGGUUGAGAUUUUUCUUGCAGUAUUGGAACUAUUUAUGUUUAGUUUAUUUUUCUUUGUUUCUUUGGCGGUUCUAACCGAAUGGACGAAUUUUAGUAUUGUGGCCUAUUGACUGAAAAAACUUUUUUUUCACUUUAUGUAUUUUAUGCUUGAUAAUCCUAUAUCUUUCAUUGACCAACAAUAUAAAGCAAACAGACAAACCGUAUCCGAGUCUGAAACAAUACCCGACUACGACAAUGCUUUAUUGAAGAAACGACUCCAACGUUCGAAUUCAUUAAUACAGCGGUUGUUUUGUUCUUUUUUAUAUUAUCUGAAAAUGUACUUUAUUAAUUCACUGUGUCACAUUUUUCCUUUUAUUAUUAUUCUUCCUGCUUUAUCGUGAAAUAAAAAUAAAUGAACCAGUCACUUAAAUGUAAAAA